AUGAGCUGUCCACCGCGUGCUACAAAGACGCAGAGGACGCGCCACUACGACUCGGACAAUAGCCAAGCCGCCAUGGCGUCCACAACAAGUGAGACGGAAGACGAAAUGGACACUUUGAAGUCGGACACGGUCGAGUACAUAAACAAGGACCUCCUACACCGGGACACCAAUAUUUCGAUUGACGCUAAUAUUUCGAUUGACGCUAAUAAAACCCACACUAUUCACCAUGACCAACCACGCAAGAACAAUAAUGGGUCCGUUGGCAGUAAACGACGUCGGGAGCCUGUCGAAACCGCCGCAGCGCUGUGCCAAUUGGACGCCCAUAUUGAGUCCGAAAUGGGUAUUGUCGAAGAAAUUUACUGCGAGAAUUUCAUGUGUCACCGCAAACUCCGCGUGGCUUUAUGUCCCCAUACGAAUUUCAUCACGGGCGAAAAUGGUAGUGGUAAAAGUGCAAUUAUUGCCGCCCUUCAAAUCUGUCUCGGGGCCAGUGCUCGGAGUACGCAUCGAGGCAAGAGCAUUAAGAACUUGAUCCGUCAUGGACAUGAGGGCAAUGCUCUGGUGCGGAUCACUUUGCGCAACGAUGCGGUGGGCAGCGACGCGUUCCGUCCUGAGCUCUUUGGGCGCAAAAUUCUGGUUGAACGACUCAUUCGUCGAGACGGGUCGGCUGAGUACCGACUACGAGACGAGAAGGGAGUGUUGGUGUCGAAACUGAAGACGGAUUUGGAAGCCAUGCUGGACCAUUUGAACAUUCAGACGGAGAAUCCAUGCGCGAUUUUGGACCAGGAGAAUGCCAAGCUUUUUUUGAAGGGCAAUUCGCAAGACAAGUACAAGUUUUUCCUCCAGUCAACGGAUUUGUACAAAAUGAGAACGACGUACUCGAAGAUUGACGAAGAGACGAGGAAUAUUGCCGAGUCGACGUUGAAGCGAGAACGAGCUAAGAUUGCGACGUUGAAGAACGCGAUGGCCGAAGCAACGAAGCAGUGGAAAGAGGCGCAGAGUAUUGGAAUGCUUGAGGACGAGUUCGAGGUGCUUAAGAAGGAACUGGCGUGGUCUUUUGUAUGUGAGAAAGAAGCACUGGCUGCGAAGGUCGAGAAGAAGAUGAAGAGAAAAAAGCGCGAUGCAGAACGGGCUGCUGACGAAUAUGAAGAGGCGAGGAAAGCGGUAGAUAAGCUGGAGCAGAAACAGAAGGAGAAAAAUGACAAGCUUGAAGAAGUGAAUGCACGCAUGAGCGACAACAGUCAACGAAAAGGGGAAGUGAAAAACAAGAUCCGUGAAGCCCGUCGCCCGUUGCACAACUGCAAGGCAGAAAUCAAACAGCUGACGCAGUCCAAACAACGAGCCAACCAGCGGCUAGCCCGUUUGCAACACGACUUGCAGAAAAAGCGCGAGAACCACGAGGUGAUGCUUCGUAACCGCAUGCAGCGCAAUGAUGAAAUGCGUGAGCGUAUUGAGAUGACGCAGCGCGAAGUACAGGAGUCCGAGCAUGAGAUCAAUAAAGCCAAGGAGUGUGCUCAGGCCCGUCCACUCGAGCUGGAUGAAGUGGAAAAUCGGUACGAUACUUGUGCUCGUCAAAUGCGUGAGGCCGAGAUGGAGGUGAACAAGAUCCAGCAACGCAUUAAUUUGCUGAAAGAUCAAAAGCGUGAUAGUCUUGCGGUGUACGGCAACCGAAUCCCGCAAUUGCAACAGCUUAUACGCAAGAAUCGCCACCGGUUUGCUGCACCCCCUAUCGGUCCGCUGGGUCUUAGUGUGAAGCUCCCCGAACGGUUUAUGCAUUUUGCCGUUUCAAUUGAAAUCGCACUGAAGGGUCAGCUGGGAAGUUACUUGGUGAUUAACGGUAAAGACAAAGCUGUGUUGGAAGAUCUAAAGCGGCAGGCUCGUUGUCCACCUAACAAAGCCAACAUCAUUAUUUCGCAGCGUGCAGGUCGUCGUUACGACAAUCUGCGUCUAGCAGAAGGGAGCCUUGCGAAUCACGCAAUUUGCAACAUUCUUGAGGUGAACAACGAUGACGUUUUUAACGCUCUCAUUGACGUAUGUAGCUUGGAGAGCAAGUUGCUAUUCGACAGCCGUCAGAUAGCUGAGGAAAGCGUGUUAAGCGGCUCAAGUGGUAACUUCAGAAUGGCGCGGUUCGUGUCGGAGGUGUUCCUUCCAAACGGCGACAAGUUCAUUGUCCGUUCUGGCAAUUUGGCAUUCAUUGCCAACAAGCUACACCUUCGUAGCUCUAUCAUUUGUCAAGAUGUGGAGGGUGAGAUCAAGGACUUAGAACAGAAGCUUCAUCGUCUUCAAGGGAAUGUAGAAGCUUUACGUCGCGAUGAGUCUCGGCUGCGGCGUGAUCGUGAAGAGCUUCGCCACCAGAUGAAGCAGCAGAAUGACCGCAUUGACUACUUGUCACGUCGGUUUAACCAGAAGCGUGCAGGGUUGCGCAGUCUUGAGGAAGAAUUGUCAGACGACUUGCAGCAGCAUACGCUCGAUACCUCUGUGCUGGAAGAUGAAGUGAGAGGCGUCGAGGAGGAGUUAGAAGGUUUCCGUUGUCGUGAGCAAGAGCUGAACGAGAUUCUAUCAAAGUCGAACCCAGAUUUGGAAGGUCAGUUGCAUGACCUUGAGGAAUGGGACGCGGUGGAGAAAGAAAUUGUUGUUGAAAUGAACGAGUACCAGGAAGAAGCUGAUGCAAUUUACAAACGUCUGAGCGAAAUGAAGGUACAGGAGAUGACGUAUCAGCGGGAGGCAUCGACGCUGCGUGACAUGGUUGUGCAGUGGGAAGACGAGCUAGCAACACUGCAAGAAGAAUGUGAGGAACAGAAGCACAAGGCGCAACAGCACUGUGAACGAGUGUCUGUCACACACUCGCAUGAGUAUUAUGGCAAGCGGUUGACCGAUAUCAAGCGUCAGAUUGAUCAUGAACGCAGUCGGUUUCGAGGCAUGGACUUGUCAGAGCUAAAGGAUGACAUGGAGGCCAAGACGAUUAAGUACCGAAGCAAGAAGACCAACUUUGACAAGUUUCGAGAUAACCUCGAGCGUAUUCGGUCGAUGCUGGAGGAACGUAAACGAGUGUGGCAGAUCCUGCGGAAGGAGAUCGCUCAUCGGACGUCCAUGGAGUUUAACAAGUUCAUGUGCCUGAAUAACUUUGCAGGCAAACUGAAGUUCAGGCACGACGAUCAGCGGCUCGAAAUUGCUGUUUUGCAUAAUGAAAAAGGAGCGUCGCGAGCAUCGCAAGUGACGGACAUGAAGGAGCUCUCUGGUGGCGAGCGAUCUUAUACUCAAGUGUCGCUGCUGCUGGCGCUUGGGGAGAGCAUUGAAUGUCCAUUUCGAGUGAUGGACGAGUUCGACGUAUUUAUGGACUCGGUGAACCGUGACAUGACGAUUCAAUUGCUCGUGAAAGCUGCCAAGAAGGACGGCAAGAAGCAGUUUAUCUUCGUAACUCCUAACGACCUCAGUACGCUACGCCGCGAUCCGAUGGUGAAGAUCCAGAAAAUGAAUCCUCCACGGGACCGAUUGAAUGCUGAGCAAGAUUGA